AUGGAUGACUUCAAGCCAGAUUUGCUCAAAGCUCUGCUCGACUGGGUAAACACCUUUGAUCUACCGGGCAGAGUGACAGCAUGGAAUCAACUCGAAGAUGGGCAGAUAAUCUGGCAGAUCCUCGGCGACAUCGAUGCCGAGUACUUCAGCGAGUCCCUUCCUAUCUUCGAAGAGAGCAAUGACCGCCGUCAGAGCAAUAACUGGAUCCCAAGAUGGCAAAACCUCAAGCAUAUCGAGCGCACCGUAUCCACAUACAUACGAGACGAAUGCGGACAGUUACCGGUCCUCACGAAGCGCAUGAUACCAGACCUGCAGGCAGGCACAUGGGAGGGCUCGACAAUGCUCACCGCAAAGCUGACCUUGGCGGUUCUGCUUGCAGCCUUUUUCUCGCCGAAAAGUAACCAACGUAUGCUGAAAGUUAUGUCUCAGUUGGGAACUAAGACGGCUGAGACAAUCGCGACGGCCAUCCAAGAAAUGCUGGCUUUGGACAAAAGGAUGUCGGAGCUCGGCGUGGAUACAGAAUUGACGAUAGGACCUAAUCCUUCAGGAUUCAGAACACCCACACGAGCCGUGUCUGGCAACGUCACUGCAAUUGGGAGGGACUCGGAGCUGGAACAAGAAGCUCAGCUUGUUGAGGCAAACAAGGACAGACACGCUUUGAGAACACACGUUGAGAAGCUGCAAAGAGAAUUGGAAACAUCACGCAACCGGAUCUCACAACUCGAGGAGGACCUUGCCGAGGCUACAGUACAUAUCGACAACCGUGCAGCACAACCGGGGCAUUCGGAUGACGUCAAGCAACUACAAGAUGAGCUAUCGUACGAUCGACAGAAGAUCGAUGAGCUCGAGACGGACCUCGCGACUGCCAGGGAAGACCUGGAAAAGCAGGCUAGGCAGUUAGAGCGGUUCCAAGCCGAGGAAGGGUCGAAGCAAGACCUGCGCGACGAACUGCAACUCAUCAAGGCGGAGCGUGACGAUCUCAGUCAACGAGCCAAGGCGAAUGAGAACCUCAAAAAGAAGAUCGAGACGCUCACCAAGGAGACCAAGAACCUCGAACAGCUGCGCGAGGAUUAUCAACAGGCACGAGAACGAUUGCAGCAGCUCGAGGACGUCGAGGAGCGAUGCGAGGCACUCGACAAAGUCAACAAGGAAAAUAGCUCAACACUCGUCAAUUGCGAACAGGCUAUAUUUGAGGAGAAGGGCAAGCGCACGCGAAUCGAGCACGAAAACCUGCUAUUGAAGAAGCAGCUCGAACAAACAAGAGAGUUGCAGUACAAAGCCGAGGACGCGAAGAACGACUUGGAAGACCGUAUACGAGACCUGGAAUCAUCAAGGCAUGCUGAUCAUGGCGGAAGCCUCGAGGCAGAGCUCGAGCGAGACGAGAAAGCCUCGGAGCCCGACUCUUCGCGAGUAAUUGAAGGACGAGUGACUGCCGAUUCAAUAGCAUUGCAACAGAAGGUCGACAUCCUGACAGCUAGGUUGAAAAGUCUUGAAGCUGAGACGCUGAAGCAAAUGACCGAGAACUUAGGUCUGCGCUCAGACAUGAUGGUAGACAAGGACGAAGAAAGUCAGAAGCCAUUCUUCGAGCAGAACGAGAGGCUGCAGACGGCUGAGAACGAGCUCGAGGAGGUACAUCGCAGAUUGCGAGAGAAGGACUUGCAAAUUGCCGAACUUCGGAACGAGCUCAAUAAAAAGUCUGACCUCGACGACGAGGCGAAGACCAAGGUUGUCUCAGCCGAACAUGAGCGAAUGCUGGCUUUACAACAACGAACAAAUCAGAAGCUCCGGGACUUGGAGCUGGCAAAUGAAGAGAAAGCUAGCCUGUUACGAGCAGCAUUACUCGACCGCGAGCAUCUGUCCCCUGAGCUUCUUGAGCUUAGAAGAGCCGAGACCUUACAACAGGUCCGCGACCAGAUACAGUUGGUCAUCAGUGCGCCGGCAGAGACACAGUCCAGCGUUCUUGAUACGACAUCGUCAGAAAUCGCAGAAACGGUACUCUCGUCAGAAGCAGCGCUUGAGAAGGCGAAAAAAGAUCUCCAAGAGCAGACGGCCGCAAACAAUACUUUGCGGGAACAACUGGCCGCCGCGAAGAAGGAGACAGUGGAGAAGGGCUCGGUUGAACUUCAGCAAGAGGUCGAGAACCUACGCCGCGAGAACAAACUCAUCACGUCUGCAUGGUACGAUAUGACCAUGCGCCUCCAGAGCAAUACAGUUGUUCUACAAAGGAGGAGCGAAGCACCCAAAAGCUGGCUGGGUAAGCAGCGACUAGCUGUUGGAGGAUCAAGUAGCCUGGGCCGACGGUAG